AUGGCGUUGACAAGAGAGUUCUCUGCUUCGCUUCGCCAACUAGACAUCGCAUGUAGAACAAUUCCAAAACAGGCAGCUCAUCUGUCGAUGUUCAUCCGCGAGCCGACCUGGCCCGGAGACGCUUCAAAACCGUCGUCAGCCGAGAGGCUACCCGCCGGCCUCAAAGCCACGGUCUUCUCCCGCGUCAUCGUCGGCCUAUCAAUCAAUCGAUCCCUUGCGGAACUCGGCGGGUCGGCUAUCCGUGUUACUUGUCAGAAAAUCACGGGUUUUUCAGCCGCACAUCAUGGCCUCAACUGGGGAAAGUGGAAUUGCCAUCUUCACCUUAAACGUGACCAUAGAGAGAGGCUGAAGAUUCUCAUUCAAGAUGCUUAUGUGGUGGUAGAUGGGUAUCGUCUCGGCGUCAUGGAGCAGCAUGGCUUUGGACGCAACGCCAUGUUUGAGGAGAUUCGCAGGCAUGGUAGGGGAAGGGGGAUCAUCCACGUGAGAGAGAAUCGCUAUGGGAGGAAUGCCGUAGAAGGUGGCAGCAAAUUAGCGAUGCUUGCUGCAGUAUUUCCAUGGGCUUCGGCCAAGUCAUGGGCUCAGACGAGCCCGCCACAUCUUUGUUUUCCAACGCUAACUUUUGCACAGGUACCACGGGAUUUGUUGUCGCGCUAUAUGCUCUCAUUCGUCGCGCCGAGACCGGAGGUUUCUAUUGCGUUGGUUGAUAUUCUUGCACGGAAUAGAUCAUUCUGA